AUGGCAAGUGUGGGGGCAACCCUUCUUUACAUACAAGGCCAGUGGUUAGAUCUAUUGUUGUCUUCCUCGCUUUGCAUACAAUAUCAAUGGACUGGAUCUGGAAAUUAUUUACCACUCAAGAAAGAGUUGGAUUCAUUUGAUAAGGCAUUGGAGAGUGUUGAAGAAGCUCUUUUACGGCUUGAAGACUUGCUUCAGGAGCUGCAUGUGAAAAGCUCGAGUUCUGGAAAGGAGCACUUAAAAGCUGCCUGUUCAGACCUUGAAAGUAUACGAAGACUUAAGAAAGAAGCUGAAUUUCUUGAGGCAUCUUUCAGAGCUAAGGCAGCUUCUCUCCAGCAGGGAGAUGAUGUCACUAGUUCUACCUCUCCAGUUAGUGAGCAACGUCAAUAUUCUAGAGGACAAGGCAGAAAGAGUGCUAAUGUGAAAAUGGAUAGGAGCAGCAGCAAUCCUCCUGGAUUAUGGAGUAUCUUAGCAUACCGCCCGGCAAAAUCACCUGAUCCUGGUCCAUCAACUGCAAUUGAAAAUGAUGGUGGAUACCAUGAACAGGGAGGUGUGAGCAAGGAAAUUGUUGACUUGGAAUCCAAUGAAAUUCAACGAUUUGAACUCUUAAGGAGCGAACUAAUAGAACUGGAGAAACGAGUUCAAAAGAGUACUGAUCAGUAUGAGUAUGAUGAGGAAGAAAUUCAGACAAGAGAUGAUGCUUUGAGGUACAGUAAUGAAGCUAAAGGUGCUCAAAUGGUGCAGAUUCAGAAGAAAGGAAGUAUCAUUGAGAAAUCAUUGGAUAAGCUGAAAGAAACAAGCAUGGAUGUUUGGCAAGGCACUCAGCUUCUAGCCAUUGACGUUGGCACUGCUAUGGGACUGCUCAGGAGGGUUCUAAUAGGGGAUGAAUUAACAGAGAAAGAGAAGCAAGCUCUCCAAAGAACGUUAACUGACUUGGCUUCAGUAGUUCCAAUUGGCUUUCUCAUGCUCCUUCCAGUUACUGCAGUAGGGCAUGCUGCUAUGUUGGCUGCAAUUCAACGAUAUGUACCAUCACUGAUACCUUCCACUUACGGACCCGAAAGGUUAGAUCUCUUGAGGCAGCUUGAGAAAGUAAAGGAAAUGGAAGACGAGGUGAAUCCCAAUGAAAGUCCAGAGGAAUAA